GCGAUUACAAGGUCAUUACAGGGCACCAGAUGGUAACGUUAGGGAUAAGCAGACUACAGGUUUUUUCUAUUAACUCGGCCAGACCGGUCAAAUUAUUGAAUGGAACACAAAACGUUUCUGACCGGAAAAUUUAGAUAAAAUUAGAAUGAGGUCCAUUUUCGCUAGAUAUUUGAGAAACAUAGACUAGAUCUUUCCGUUGAUUAAAUGGAAAGCGCCCUAAUUUUCUCUCCACUACAACUACAAGAGGCAAAAGCUAUUUAUAACUUGGCUAAUAAAUUGAGACUUCUUCAGAGCUACACAUACAAAACCCACAAAGUGAUGUAUAUGAAAUUUAUCUUGACUUCGUCUUUAUUAUCACGAAAGUGUUCAUAUCAAUAAAUUUACCGCUCGAAGUCUUUAUAUAUACAUGAAAACGGCUUUUAAAUUUUUUAUGGUUCUGUGCACAGAAUAACAAGGACCCUUAUUCUGUGGUUUACCCUAGCUAUACCACAAUGCUUUGAGAUUCAAAAUGGAGUCGUUGAUGAUGAAAAUGUCGAUCAGCCAAAAUCAAAGAGGAACAACACGGAAUUUUAAGGAAAAUUGUGGAAACUCCUAUGCCCUUGAUCUUGGCGUUUCUUUUAAUUUACCGGUUAUCGAAGGUCAACGAAAGGUUACCAUUGACAUUUUGUUUUAUCACAGUGGUUAAUGGUUAAUUUCACAAGAAGUUGUUUCACAAUAUUUAGACAAAAUCUCGUCAAGCAUUAAGCCACGUAAUUUAUUUAUUCAAGGAAUUGCCAGGUCGGAAUUGCGCUUAUUUCCCAAUAAAAUCUUCUAGGCGAACUAAUAUAAUUUGCGUGAAUUCUUCAUAUUAACAUGGUAUCUCAAAUCACAAAAGAACUAUUUGGCACGACGGACGAUGGACAAGAGGUCUAUAAAUUUGUGAUUGAAAAUAAAAAUGGCUUAGCUCUCGAAGUGAUAAGUUAUGGCGCUAUUAUUGUUGGUAUCAAGUGCCCAGAUAAGUAUGUAGCUAAUAUGUGUAUAUUAACAUAAUUUGCAACAGUUUCAUUCUUCCAGACUACAGCACUACUGACAUAGCUGGUAGCACUAUAAUACAGGAAGAUUUGCUUGGGAUAUCAGUAUCCUAAGAAAGGUUGGCAUCGACCAACUCAUGGAAAUACCCCACCCCUAUCCUGGAAAUUCUGCAACCCUACCUACUGUAUAUGAGCCAUGAACUGUUCAAAUGUCACUCUCCCCCUGUAGAGCCCUCCCCCCAUCACCAAAUUUAUUUUGCCCUAUGGUGAACCAAAAACUGCCUGACUUUGCCCUAUUUGGCAAAAAUUCUCCCCCUCCCCUCCUUCCCCCCUUGUACGCCUAUGGUUUCCACAAUAUCCCGGCUUGCCAAAACUACCAAUGUUGUUAAUAUUUUCAUAUAUCAUAUAGAAAUGGAAAAUUUGACGACAUUACUUUGGGUUUUGAUGAUUUUGAAGGUAUUUUCAAUUACAUUUUAAUCUUUUGUCCCCUGAGACCUUGCCUGAGUCAAGGGUAACUUGCCCAACACCAGAAAACCUCCAAACCCAGGGUACUGAGUGUUAUAAGAUGAAAAUGGCAGUAACCAGCAAAAUAUCAAGGCCCUAGAAACUAUUAAUAUGCUGUGUACUUGAUGAAAUUGCCAUGAUUUAAUAUUUGUUGUUAUAUAACUGUAUGGACAGUUGCCCCCACACCCCCUCUGGAAAAUUGUCAUACUGAACAGUUUCCCUCCCUGGAAAACCUGCACACUGGAUACUUACUUCCCCUUGGAAAAACUGUAUACUAGGUAUUUCCAUUUAAUUAUUGAAUUAUUAACCUGUCAAUGAUAAAUUUUUAGGCUAUUACCGUCUCAACGCCCCAUAUUUUUGUGCAACAAUUGGCAGAGUGUGUAAUAGAAUUGCCUAUGGAAAGUUCCAGAUCGAUGGUAUUAGUUAUCAAGUGCCAGUGAAUGAUCCACCAAAUUCUUUACAUGGUGGUUGGAAAGGGUUUGACAAAGUAAGAUGGCGAUGAUUGGUUGUACAAAACGGUGAUUCUUACAUGUUUCUACCAAGAAUCUAGUAAGACUAUCUAAAUCCUAGUCAUGUCACCAGGACAUAAUAAAUUGCCUCUGUUGGUGAGCAUCCCCCUCCCCAACCAGCACUGCCAUCCCACCCCACCCCCACACAACCCCCACCACUCCAAAUCCCCCUUGCAUCCCAACCCUCACCUUUUGGAAUGCAACUAGAAACUGUAUACAAAAUUAAAUCAUGCAAAUUCAAGACAAGCAAAAAUGAGUACUUUACAAACUCUCUAAAUACAUAUAAAUGAUAAAACACUCAGAAACACUCUUAUCUUUAAUCAGAGAUGUUUAUUAACCCAUUGAGCUCCAGCGUUCGUUUAGUAAAAUUGUCUGGUGUUAGGCGGAUUAAAGUAAUAUUAAAGUAGGUGCAUUGCAGUGCAAUGCAACUUAUAAUUAAUAGGUUAAUAAAAUAACCAAAAACAGAAAAUCCAUGUGUGAUUUUUUUCAGUUUGUUUGGGAUUACCAGAUCAACAGCAACUCAGUGACGUUCAGUCGUACAAGCAGUGAUGGUGAGGAAGGUUACCCAGGCAACUUGACAAUCCAGGCUACUUAUGGUCUUAAUGAUGACAAUGAAAUACACUUCAAUGUCACAGCUACAACUGACAAGGCAACAAUAAUUAACAUCACAAAUCAUGCUUACUUCAAUUUAGCUGGUCAGGUAAUAAAUGUGACUGGUAAAUGAUGCACCAUUCCUCUAUGUUAAUUCAGUGUGAAAACUUAAUUUUGAAAAUAGAGUUAAUUUGUAGUUUAAAAGUCCCUAUACAUAAACUGUGUGAAUUCCAAUGCUUUCUCAUAGGUUUAUAAUCACGCUGUUUGCCCACUGUUAGAAUGUUUCAAAAGUGUGAUUUUUGUUUCCUGGUUUGCCCACCAUCAGGAAACAUGGCCAGGACACAAUGUUUCCUGGUUUGCUCAUUUAAGAAGCAGACUGGUCUGUGCCUAAACUGAGAACCAAUAAUCUAAACAACUCUCUGUUUCUUGCUUCAGACUGAUGCAACUAUACUAAAUCAUGUUGCAGAGAUUACUGCCGAAAGUUAUUUGCCAUUAAACGACUACAGCAUACCUACAGGUAUAACUUAAUAAGGUUAUCCUACGUUUCUAUACAGCCAGUGUGCUUGACCAACACCUUUCUUCAUAGGUGAAAUAGUUUCUGUGAAAGAUGCCUCAGCAUUUGACUUCACCACUGCUAAAGAGUUUGGCAGAGAUAUUACGCAAACUCCAAAUGAUGGUUAUGACAAUAACUACUGCAUUACGAAUCCUGGUGAUAUUACUAAACUACUGGCGAGGUAAUUACGACUAAAUAACAUAAUUACAUUUUUUUCGGGUCCGUAAAUCCGUAAUCCCAGGUCCAUAACGUAAAUGGAGACUUCUGAUUGGUUGACGAGAGGUCCGUAUUACACGUUACAGACCUCUCGCGUUUCGCGCCAAAACAAACCGAGGAGUGAUGACAAUUUUCAAACUGAAAAAAUUAUCUAAAAAGUUGAAAAACCCAUCCUAUCGAUACUGAAGAUAGAAAAAUAAGCUGAGUUGACUUCAAUGGAUUUAGUGUCAUGCCCAAAAUGUGUUUUUUCCAACCUAAAUGCGAAAUAUAAGUAUCAUGACAUAUAAGUAUCGAAAAAUCAGUGCUAAAUGUUUAGUUUCAAAAGCUCAGCAUAUAUUCAGCUAUACAGGAACGAAGAAAUUAUCCUAAAACCUGGGACUAUAUUUGCGGUGUUCUUAAUCGCUAUUUCUUUUACAUAGAGUAACGGAGCUGAAUUCUGGACGUGGUAUCGAAAUCUACACGACACAGCCAGGAGUUCAACUGUAUACUACAAAUGGUUUGGACGGAGGCCUUGUGGGGAAAAACGGCAUUGCUUAUCCCAAAUAUGGCGCCUUUUGUCUAGAGACACAGAACUGGCCUGACGCAAUUAAUCAUGUAAGUACGAACUAUGAUAUAUUUCCCCCUGGCCUUCGUUCGAAAUCUCAGUUUAAAAAAAAAUUCAGGUAACUGCACUACACACGUAAAAACGCACAAGUUGUAACAAAUCUGCAGCAGACUUGUAGCAAUGCUGUUCCAACAACUUGUCAACAGGAUGUGCACUGCUUGUUCCCAGCUUGUUGACAAGUGAUCAACGGCUUGUUGACAAUUUGCUGCAAGGUUGUUGAUUCAACAGACUUGUUACAAGUUGUCCAACAAAUUGUUAUCGUCCUACAAUUCGGCAAUUUGUCCACAAGUAGUGAGUGACAACCUUGUAGCAACUUGAUAAAAUACAGCAUUGUUACAACUUGUUGACAAGUUUGUUACAUGCCUGUUGCGAACACAUCUUGUUGACAAGUUGUGAGAUUUUUACGUGUGUACAAUACACUGUCACCCAACGUUUACAGUAACACAUAUAUAAUUUUUCUUUUUAGGAAAACUUUCCAAAUUCCAUACUUCGCCCGGGAGAGACUUACAAUCAUACAACUGUCUACAAAUUACUGGUGGUGGAUACAAAAUAAUUGGUCGAAAAUUUCGCGCGAGUUUCCUGUGGGUAAUGGAGAAAAAACUAUAUAAUUGGGCCACACAAGAACUAAACGAAUUAAAUAUGCAUGCAUAAUUGAAACAAUAAUUCUUACUUUACUUUACUUUAACUAGACGUAAUUCACUUCAUAUCAUUAAAACCUAACUAUUAGCAGACUUCUCUCAACUAUUUUGAAAUGCAUGAAAAAGCGUAGAAAACAUUUCCCGGGGGACCAGGAAUUUCCCGCGCGCAAUUAGACCCCCCCCCCAUUGAACUAUAAGUAAACCUUCCAGUUUACUUUAGCCUUCCAGUUUACUUUAUAGUUCUAUGGACCUCCCUCACUCGUUUGGGGCUCGCUACGCCCCUGUUUACAGCCCUAGGCGACUAGGAAAUAUCCGUGCAAAAACAUUUGAAAACGUUUGCUCGUUUUCUCCCCUUGCCCUUGGUCUUCAAACAUUGUUGGAGAACAACAUUACUUGCCAGGACGCGAAAAAUUUCCCCAAAGAUUUCAGACACAUAUUUUAUGGUCUGAAAUGUUUCAUGGUUUGUCCAUCUUCGGGAAACGAAACAGUGUCCUCGCAAUGUUUGCUAGUUUUAAACGAACAAAUCCUAAAAAGCUGCUUUCCAGUUGAGUACUUUUCAUACAUGAAAAUAACUGAACAAAUAAGAAGACAUCAAUGGGCAAUUCCAACUAUAGACUAAAUUUUGAUCUAAGCAAGAAGAACAAAAUCGAUCACCACAGCUAGAAAGAGCAUGUUAAAAUUAGUAAAAUUGGAAAGCUUGGCCGCGAAAUGUUGUAAAAUGUGGAAAAUAUAGCCCUGCGAAAUUUACAAAUUUUGUAUUAAAUAAUUAAUGGUGCAAAUUCCCAAUACAAAUUAAUACAAAAUUUGCAAAUUUCGUAUAGGGCUAUAUGUUACUCAUUUUACAACAUUUCGCGGCCAAACUUUGUAAUUUUACUAAUUUUAACAUGCUCUUUCUAGCUGUGGUGAUGGAUUUUUUCUUCUUACCUAAAUCAAAAUUUAGUCUAUAGCUGGUAGUUUUGUGUAUGAUUCAAAGUGUAUUUGUUGAGGCAUUAUUACAGGCUGUUUACAUGAUCCCGCUUUGCCGGGACGAGAUGUGAGGCGUGAUAAUUUUGAUGUAUUGAAAUAAGUCACGGUGCGCGAUUCAGCAAAACUAUAUUACUUUUCUAGUGAUAGAUUAUGGUAUAAUUGUGAAGCGAAGGUUGCUCAAGCAGCAAUAAUAAUCUUCCUGAACUACGAGAUCUUCUCAACAUUUGAGUUCUUUUACAUGGCGCUUGAACUUUCGUUUAAGCCUAGCGAUUUAUUUCAACACAUCAAAAUCAUCCUGCCUUUUUAACUGGAAAGCAGUCUUGAGUUGCAAUCGCAUAACCUGUAUGAUUUACCCUCGCACAUAUAUGUUUAUGUUAAUAUCCCUAUCUCAUCCUGUGUAUUAUCCAUCUUGUGCAAUGUCAGUCUGCAUGCUACGAAAGAUUGUCUAAAUAUUUAUAAGUUUCCUCAUCAACACAAAUCGCCUCGCCCGAAGUAAUAUUGUUAUUCGAAGAUGAAAUCAGGGUCAGGGUGGGCCCUGACUUAGGUUUAAUGCCUGAUCCACCAGACCCAGAGCCCCCUUGUCCUGAACCAGACAUCGUCACAUUCAAACCUGAUCCUAUCACUGAUCCUAUCCCUGAUCCUGAUCCCAAACCAGAACCUAGGCCCCUCAAUCUCAAGGUAUCUUCUUUGCUUACCAGAUAGUAACCAUUCGCGCAUGCGCACGUACGCCCACCUGGCUUGGGUAAACAUAAGCUUGAACAUCCUCCGUUAUUCUUGCUGCAUUCGUGAGAGUCU